AUGGCAGAGAAGAAGAAGAGAAAGGUUAUGGAUGUAACAACCAACACUCUAAAGUUAGGUAGGUUUUUGAUGGCUAGAAAGACGAAAAGAAAGGUUUUAUUAGAUCAUAAAACCAAGAAGAAACUAAGGAGGCCAACUAGGGUUAGGAAGAUGGAGAAUAUUAUUCGAGUUCCAGAUGAUGUUAUUAUGAAAAUCCUGGUUCUUCUCCCAGCGAAAUCUCUAAUGAGAUUCAAAUCCGUUUGCAAGCAAUGGAAAACCAUGGUAUCCGAUCCGUGGUUCGCGAAGGCGCAUUAUGAGCAAUCAAAAGGUAUUCCAGAAGCUAGUUGCUUGUGGUUACACUUUAAAACAAAUUCUUCUUCAACUAUAUCACAAGCAAUCUACCCGGCAAAAAGCGUAGACGGAACCUACUCAACUCGACUUCAGACCUACAACUUCGUCCGAGAUUGCUUCCCGUGCUCGAGUAUUGUCAAUGGGAUGCUUUGUUUGUACGAACAAAAAUACAAAGAUUAUCAACUUCACUUCCUAAACCUAACUUCGGGUGAGAUGAUAUCUUUGCCGAAACCUUUAUCUUUACUUGGUAGCUGGUUGAUUCCGAAACAGUGUCGGUUCCAUAUCUUAUGCGAGGAUCACAAGUUUAAGCUCUUGUUCAUUGAACGCGAAUCCAGAAGAUCUCGUGGAGGUAUGAUGAUUUUUGCCUUUGGAACGAAGGAGUGGAGGAAGUUGACUUGCACUCUUGAGAACCUAGGAAAGAAAGCAUUACAUGUUAAUGGAAAAGUAUAUUGGCAGGAUAAGAUCAAGGAUCAGAAUAAUAAUGGUCAAAUGAUUGUGAAGUAUUUCGAUUUUCAUGAGGAAAAUGUAUUUUUACUAGAAACUCCAGAACUAGGAGUGGAUGAACGUUGGGAUUUGGGUGGAAUCGGGAAUGAUGUCGGGCUUGUAUGCCGAAAAAGCUGCAUCCCUUGUGUGUUCAAGAUGUGGAGAUAUGAGUCUGAGAUUCAUCAAUGGAUGAAAUAUGAAGUGAAUCUGGGAAAGGAGUCAAUCUGGAACGUCCAAUUCAUUGGAGGAACUAGCAAAAGUAGUGAAAUCUUAAUCACUGGCCAAAAAUCGCGGUACGAUCGUGCCUUACAGUGUGUAUGUUAUGAUUUUGAGACAAGAAAAUGCAGUAGACCUCCCUUUGAAAUUUUCUACCCUGAGAGUAGUAGGCUAUGUUAUCAUGAUUGUGGCAGACCAGUUAGUUAUCAUAUAGAAAACAUUCUUCCUUUGGAAUCUUUGGGCAAAAGAAAAAAAUUGGAGGAAUAUGCUGAAAAAGCUAUAAAGAAGAGAAGAGUAUUAUGGUAA